CGUAUGGGUUGAGGGCCUGAGGCAUUAUUAUGAGGCUGACUAAGCGGGUAAGGGCCUUGCUGAUUCAGCAAGAUCAUGGCCACGUGCAUCACGUGGAGAUAAGAUGCGCAACGGAGAUCGGGGCUUAGUCACACCGAUUUGAUCGGGAAGUGCCGAGGUUGCCUGGUAUCAAAAGGCUUUUUUUCAUUGUUGAAGACUUGGCCUGAUAAGAUGUUGCCUCCUUGGACGCCAUUCUUUGCUUUUCCAUCUCUUUAAUUCCCCUCAGCGUGUUUGAUUUUCUUGCAUCAUAGACAAAUUUCCUCCAUGUCGGAUUUUGCAUCAGCCCUGCUCAACUCGUUUCCCCUAUCACUCCUCUUAUCGGGUCUCGUCGCAAUGGGCCUACUCUCAUGGGUACGCCCCAGCGGGCGGAUCUCCUUCUUUCACGCCAAGGACAACAAGCUCGUCCUGACCAAAAGGUCCAGUCUAUCGGGUGCAAAAGAGCAGACGACCUUGGUCGAUAUCUGUCGCGAUGCGACACCCGACGCCUGCCAUCUGAACCCUCUUUUGUUUAACGGCCAUCUGCAGACUAUGUACACGGUCUUGAAACAUGAUAACGUUCCUGUGUACUAUAAGCGGAAGAUUUUUGAAGCCGAUAGCUCCAUGUUCUCUGGGACAUAUGCGAUUGAUUUCGUUACGCGACCCUAUGAUAUGCCGCCCGAGGGCGAGUUGACUGAUCAGGCGAGAAAAUAUACUCAGCCUUCUGGUCUACCGCCCCGUACGUCCUUUUACUCGGAGGAGGAGUUUGCGAACAUUGCUUCGGAUGAUACAAAGCCGAUGCUGGUCGUCCUGCAUGGCUUAAGUGGAGGGUCGCACGAGGUCUAUCUGCGCCAUGUCCUCUCACCGCUCAUUGCAGAUGGUGCUUGGGAGGCCUGCGUGGUCAACUCGCGGGGUUGUUCGCAGACGAAAAUCAGCACGGGAGUUUUGUAUAAUGCGCGCGCAACAUGGGAUGUGCGCCAGUCCGUGAAGUGGCUUAGGAAGACUUUCCCUAAUCGUCCUCUUUUCGGCAUUGGAUUCUCGCUGGGUGCUAAUAUUCUGGCCAACUACCUGGGUGAAGAGGGCGAUCACUGCCAAUUGAAGGCUGCAGUGCUGUGUGCUAGUCCCUGGAAUUUGGAUGUCAGCUCUGUCCACUUGCAAAGCUCUUGGAUCGGUAAGGAGGUGUACAGCAAGACGAUGGGGUCUAGCAUGAAGAGGCUUUUCGAAGCCCACGCCGAAGAAGUGACCAAGAACCCCCGCAUUGAUGCUGAGGCUAUCAGGAGCAUUACCUAUCUACAUGAGUUUGAUCGGGCUUUGCAAUGUCCUACAUGGGGCUACCCGACCGAGGGUGCCUACUACCGUGAUGCUGCGUCCACGGACGCAAUGCUUUCCAUCCGCAUUCCGUUCUUUACCGUACAGGCCGAGGAUGAUCCCAUUGCUUCUCGCGACGCAUUGCCAUUCCACGAAAUGACACAGACCCCCUACGGUGUUAUGUUGACCACAUCGUGGGGUGGCCACCUCGGCUGGUUCGAACUUGGUGGUGACCGUUGGUUUGUCAAGCCGGUUACCAACUUCCUGAACAAAAUGGCCCGGGAAAUUGAUACCUCGAUUCCCGGUGUCGUUGAGCACCCGGAGAAGCUCCCGGGACAUAUCGCCAGCCACCCUGGCAUUGACAAGGACGCUGACUUGGCGCCAAAGCCUGAGUUCUACCCUGUGAACCGCAAGCUUGACAUGAAACUGCCUAAAUAAUUUUGACUUGCGCAUAUUUAGCAUUCAAACCCUUCACGGGGCUUCUUACUCUGUCGGCUUUUGGGGUUAUGCACGGAUAUUUUGGGUCACUCUUCUCAUAUACCAAUAUACAUAGAGUUAUUGUCAUUAGGAUCGGUUCAAUAGAAGGCGUUACUGAGACCCAAAUGUGAUACCAGGGUGCGUGAAAGACUCUACCAGAACCCUCAACCUAACACCACCCGGGUGACUCCCUUCACGGCUUCAACGUUAAAUCAUGAUCAUGAGCACCCUGUAAAUAAUCAUAGUCCUCCCCGACCCACUCCACAAAUGGAACCGUCCUCCCAAAAUCAAUCUUCUCCUCCAACACCCUCGGCAAAAUUAACCUCUGAUUACUGCGAUACCAACUCGGAAACUGAAUAGAAACCAACAUCACCCUCGGCUCAUCCGUCUUAUUCGGCAUACCAGCAUGCCACAGCCUUAGAUCCCGAACAAUCAACGAUCCCUUCGGUAAAGAGGGCUGAACAGGUGGACUAAUCUUUCUUCGUUGCUCUAAAAGCUCAGCCUUAAUCUGCAGGUCACCCGCUUUUCGAUCAAAUACAGAAUCAUCCGUGUCGAUGUGGCUACCUAGCCAGACCUCCGUUGCCCCGUUUUCCGGUGACGUGGAGACUAGAUUGAUGUUGAUGCAGUAACCAAACGGUAUGCGGGGCAUUGCAAAGUCAACAUCUAUAUGUGGUGGUUGUCGACCACUGGCUUUGAAUGCGGUGUUGGCGCUGUAGAAGCGUAGUUGCGGGUUCGGUCCGAUCACGUGCUCGACAAUUGAUGUCGCCCAUGGAUUGGCGAGGAUGUCUUCGAAGAUGUAGUCCGCCUCGACGACGGGUUCUUGUUGGAUGUUCCCCGUUGCUUGGCCGAAAUUGCGGUGCGUGGCUGUGUUUGAGUAGAGCUUUUGGGCUUCGGGGAUCAUGCGCGCGUUGAGUUUGUCGAGGUGGGUGGUGUCGACCGCGUUUUCGAGGGCCAGGAUUCCGUCUUUGUGGAGGGCUUCCAGGGCUGCUUGGAGGGUGCGUGAGCUUAGCUUUUUACUUGCUAGCUCUUCGGAGGUGAGUUUAAUGAUUUGGAGAGCUGGUUGGGCCAUUUUGAGAGUUGGUGUUGGCUUCCAAGGUUGCCUUUCGAGGGAGUCGUGGUUAUGGAUCUGACGAUCUGAUUCGCUGGUUUAUAUGUUUCUCCUCGCACGUCGCACUGUUUUGAGCGUAUUUGAGAGACUAUUCAAUUGUUGCAGAUACUUCUUCGACCUCGGUUAGGCAUGGAUAGAAGCAAUUCAAUGCGAUACCAAGUGGAGAUGGGUACUCCUCAACUAUGCCCCGCGUUCGCCGGCGAAUUUACCGGUUUUGACUGGUCAGAACAGGGCAACCCGAGCACGGUGUAGUAUUGAGGACAUAAUCGGAUCUCAUAAUGGAUUCUAUUAUACUUCAU